AUGAGGGGCGUGGUCACAUCGCCUCCUCGCGUCACUUCCGGCCCGGUGCGCGGACGCUUCCGGCGGUUGCGGCCUCGCCCCUUCCGUUAUCGGCGGGCGGGGGCGCUUCCGGCGGAGCGGGGCCGUCCCGCCGCCAUCUUGCGGCGGCCGCGGCGGCGGAGCGGGGCCCUCCAUGGGAGGAUGCAGCGGGCGGGGCCGGCGGAGGCGGCGGGGGCGGCGGCGGCGGCGCCGGGAGGGGGCGGGGCCCGGCUCCUGAGGAGGGAGCUGCGCCUGCUCGAGUCCAUCUUCCACCGGGGCCACGAACGCUUCCGCAUCGGCAGCGCAUGUCCCGACGAGAUCAGCUGCGAGUUCGUGCCCGGAGAGACGGGACCGGCGCCCGUGCGCAUCCACUGCAACAUCACGGAGUCGUACCCGUCCGUGCCCCCCAUCUGGUCCGUGGAGUCCGACGAUCCCAACCUGGCUGCUGUCCUGGAGAGGCUGGUGGAGGUCCGGAGAGGAGACACCCUGCUCCUGCAGCACCUGAAACGAAUCAUCUCGGACCUGUGCAAACUCUACAACCUCCCCCAGCAUCCUGAUGUGGAGAUGCUGGACCAGCCUCUGCCAGCAGAACAGAGCACACAGGAAGAGGUGUCCUCUGAGGAGGAAGAUGAAGAGAUGCCAGAGGACUCCGAGGACUUGGACCACUAUGAGAUGAAGGAGGAGGAGCCUGCGGAUGGGAGGAAGAUGGAGGAUGAAGGAAUCGGCAAAGAGAACUUGGCCAUCCUAGAGAAAAUCAAAAAGAAUCAGAGGCAAGAUUACUUAAAUGGUGCAGUGUCUGGGUCUGUGCAGGCCACCGACCGGCUGAUGAAGGAGCUCAGGGAUAUUUACCGAUCACCAAGUUUCAAGGGCGGAUACUAUGCAGUUGAACUAGUGAACGACAGCCUGUACGAUUGGAACGUCAAACUCCUGAAGGUUGAUGAGGACAGCGCUUUGCACAACGAUCUCCAGAUCCUCAAAGAGAAAGAAGGAGCAGAUUUCAUCCUCCUCAACUUCUCCUUUAAAGAUAACUUCCCUUUCGAUCCACCCUUCGUAAGGGUCGUGUCCCCAGUGCUGUCAGGGGGGUAUGUCCUGGGUGGUGGUGCCAUCUGCAUGGAGCUACUUACGAAGCAGGGCUGGAGCAGCGCCUACUCCAUCGAGUCGGUGAUCAUGCAGAUCAGUGCGACCCUGGUGAAGGGGAAGGCACGAGUGCAGUUUGGAGCCAAUAAGAACCAGUACAGCCUGACCAGAGCCCAGCAGUCCUACAAGUCCCUGGUUCAGAUCCAUGAGAAGAAUGGCUGGUACACACCGCCCAAGGAGGAUGGCUAGCAUGGAUACUGCAGGACCAACCUCAUCCUCCGGAUGCUCUACUAGGAUCUCAAUGCUUUCUCCUGGGCUGUACUAGCUCUGCCUGUUGCAGGACAAUAAUGGCUGGUUAAAAACUCUAAAUAAAACUGUUGUAAGCAGUUGGGACUGAGCGACACCACUUGCUGGACCCUGGCUAGCAGCAAUUCUUGUUUCCAGACCAACUUCCUGAGCCUCUUGUAUCGCUGGAACCUUUCGACUCUGCUCCAGUCUUGAGCAUCCUCCUUCCCUAUGCUAUUGGAUUUAAUUUAUUUUCUUAUGUACACUGCUUUUUUUGGUUACAGUGUAUGAUGGAUGUGGAUGGAAAAUGUAUCUUUGGAGAAAAGUUACAGUUUGUUAAUUUGAA